AUGGUCUCCCGAAUCCAUCCCCCACCAUACUCCGAACCCCCGCUCCCCUCCCUCGCCGCAACCGCCCCUCCCCUCUUCUCUGCCCCUCCACCCCGCCCUGCCGCCUCCGUCACCUCCGGCCGCUCGCACACCCGCCGCCACCGACACGCGCGAACGCACCAUGGCGGCUCCAGCGUGCACCAGGCGCAGAACGAGUUUCCCAUCUUCUCGCACACGGGCGACGUGGAGAUUAUCAUUACAAGUCUGAGCGGCCGGAAGGAGAAUAAGUAUUUGCUGCAUCGCUUGAUUUUGAGCCAGUGCUCGGGGGUCUUUGAAGCGGGCACGAGAGUUGAGUGGAGUUUGGGAGCGGGAGGAGGGGCGCUGCCGAGUAUCAACGAGAAUGAGAGCAUGACUGUGGGCAGUAGCUCUCGGGCGAGUAGUCGGGAGGGGAGGGGAUCUUAUGAGCUGCCUGGAAAGAGGCGGUGGCGGUAUGUGCUUGACUGGGAGCAUGCUGGAGAAGAUGAGGCGCCGAUGCUUGUGCAGAGGGAUGAGGAAGCGCCGUCACUGUUUGGAGGGGAGGGAAAGGGUCAAGAGAGAUCAUCGCGUAACAAACCCCCACCGGCGAAUGAGGGCUUUUUCCGGAGCAUGGCCAACUUUUCUGCACUCAAUCUGAACGAGCGCACGCACUCAACUACCAUUUCGGAGCCCGGAGAUGAGGUUCUCAAGGACUACGACAACCUCUUUCGCACAAUGUAUCAGUAUCCGCCGAUUCUAGACAGCAUCAACAUCGCCAACGCAUACACCGAGUGCAAGGCAUUGCUCAAUCUGGCCGACAUGUACGACGCUCUCGAGAUUGUGGGAAGCAGAGUUGAUCAUCAUCUCCUGCGGUUUGGUGGGAAAUUGCUCAAGCAGAUUGCCAAGUAUCCGCCUUCCUACCUCAAGCUUGGAUAUCUGGCGCGAUCGAGGAGCAUCUUCACGGAAGCGUUGAUCCAUGUCGUCGGCCAAUGGCCUGCAGCGGCACCACAGUUGCGGAAUCAAGUCGACGACAGCGUGAUGGAUCUCAUCUUGGACAAGGUGGAUGAGCUGAGCGAGCAGCAGGAGAAGGUGGAAUUCCGAUUAUGGCGUCUCAACCUGACAACGAGCAGAGGCGAUCGGGUGACGCCUAGCAAUGACUACUUGUCCUGGCUGGCAAUCAGUCUCUUCCGUCAAUGGCUGGCGGAUAACAGCACUCCCGACACCACCACUACAUCGUCUGCAGGCCACCAACAACCCACGCGAGGCACAAGCCGAAGCAGCAACCACAUCGCAAGCCAACGCCCCGAUCCGACCCAGCAGCAACAAGUACAAUCCACCCCCUCUCCAGGCCGCAUCUACCGCCUCCUCGGCUCCCCCGCCGGAACAACCUCCUACCUCGCCCACGACGAACUCAAGCGCUUCCUCAAACUCCAGCCUGAUCUCUACACGCGCGACAACCUGCGCAAAUUCGAGCGGCGCAUGGACGAUGCCAAGGCGUUGGCCAGGGAGGCGGUGAAGCCUUUGAUGCGGAACUGUUUGGAGUUGGAUUUGAGCUCUUUUGCGGGUGGCGGUCUUGGGUAUUUGACCUGUGUGAGGGUGGAAGAGAGGGAGAUCCCUUGGGGGGAGUGA